GCAUAGAAUUUGCGACAUGGACUUCGACAGUGCUUUGACAGUGGUGGGUGAAUUUGGUCGUUACCAGCGAAAGCGCUUCUUUCUUAUAUCGCUUUCGGCGUUGCCUAUGUUCUUUCAAAUGCUUGUUCUUGUAUUCACUGCUGCAACACCGAAAUGGGUCUGUCCAAAAGGCGAUCGAGCGAACUUGAAGCAUUGCAAGUCGCUAGAAAGUUGCUGUUCGGUAGAUGGUUCUAUUUGUAAUGGAGCGGAAUUUAUCACGAACUUUACAUCGAUCGCUACAGAGUGGAACCUCCUUUGUGGUCAAACGUACAAGAAUGAACUCACUCAAUCUAUUUUCAUGGCUGGUACCUUGGUAGGGGCGCCACUGAUCGGUGGCCUUGCUGAUAAACAUGGUCGAAAACCUCUAUGGGUUUCAACUUAUUUUUUAUCUGGAGCGUUAGCCUUUCUGUCAGGACUCUCACCAUCUUAUUAUGUCUUUGUGACUUUGAGGUUUUUCGUCGGGAUUUUUGCCGGUGGAGGAGGAUUAAUUAUUUUCGUGCUGGCAACAGAAUCAAUCGGUCCUUCUUACAGAGGUAAUACCUAAUAUCAAAAGGUUUUUGAGGGAGGGAGGGGGGGGGAAGUUAAAUUCUGGUCUAGAUUUAAGUUGCUCAAAACUGAAAACUGUUAGGGACUAUGAAAUUUUAUUUACCAUUAUCUCAUUAUGUUGUGUGAUGUAGAUCACACAGUGAUCAUAUUAAUCUUGAGAUAAAGAUGAGGCAAAACUUAUAUCAAUGGUUUCUCACUCUUUUCACCAUUUUGGCUCGGGUGUUGGAGAGGGAGGUGGGCAAAGUAGGUAGAAAAGGCAAGAGAGCACUGCCAUUGUUGCCUCAGUGCUUAUUUUUGUGAGACAUAGCCUUUUCAGGGGUGCUUUCUUUUCAGAGAUUUUUCAAUUUUUGAAAUUGUGCUGCCUAAAAUUUAAGUUGUAUACACAUGUGUGCCUAAACUAAUAAUAACCUGAGGGGUUUUCUCAGGCAUGGAGAUCAAAUAUUUUUUAUGGCUACCAUCACUAAGCUGAAUUCUUUGGCUAACUUUUAAUUGCCUUCAGGAGCUAUUUUUUUUUGGAUGUGGAGAAUAUUAUCUUCUUAUUUAACACUAUCCUCCUACUACCACAUUCAUGAUUGAAACUCUGCAUUUAAUCAAAGAAAUUUCAAGUAAUCUUUGAGAAAAAAAACCUUGAAGAAGCCAAUUUUUUAUGUUUUUAAUCUCCACAGGUUUUGCUGGAACCAUGCUUCAAGUCUUUUUUGCUAUAGCUGUUGCAUUACUAGGACUUAUGGCUUAUCUAAUUCCAAAUUGGCGAUAUCUUACCAUCGCAUCAGCUCUUCCUACAACAUUUGGCUUUUUCAUUGUUAAAACAAUUCCAGAAUCUCCUAGGUGGCUGGCUACCCAAGGCCGAUAUGAUGAAGCAGAAGCUAUCUUAUCAAAGAUCUCUGUUGAAAAUGGUUCUGGAAAUAAACACGUGACACUCCGACGUGAGAAGGGAACUGCAAAAGGUGGCUCAACGGGAAGAAGUUAUGGAAUCAUUGACUUAUUUUUGAACAGAAGCACUUGUGUUAUAACCCUUAUAAUGAUCAUAAGCUGGUUUGUAAAUAGCCAUGUCUAUUACGGCCUGUCAUUGAAUGUAAAAAACCUAGGUGGUAAUAUGUACUUUAAUUUUGUCUUAGCUGGCUUGGUAGAAAUCCCUUCUUACGUGCUGACAGUCUUACUACUCAACUGGUCAGGCCGCCGCAAAUCUCUUUUCUAUUUCAUGAUGGGUGCUGCAGGCUCAUGCUGGGCAUGUAUGAAACUGCAGCAACAAGAAAAUUUAAAUGCUGGUGCACAGUCAGUAGCAGCCAUGUUUGGGAAGUUUUGCAUCUCGGCAUCAUUUGCUGUGUUGUAUGUUUAUGCCGCAGAACUCUUUCCAACUGUCAUCCGCAAUGUUGGCAUGGGCAUGGCAACUGUGGCAUCGCGUAUUGGUGGAAUCUUAUGUCCAUUUGUUGUUCUAAUGGGAGAACAAAGCAGAUCUUUACCAAUGUUCAUAUUUGCUUGUAUGUCAUUAGUGGCAGGGUUAGUUGGUCUAAGGCUUCCAGAAACAAAAGGGCGUCCAAUGCCCGAAACGAUGGAAGAUUUGGAGAGAUCAAAGCAGGAGGAUGUUAAAGUCAUUAAAACAUAAUUCACAGCAAAACAUUUCAUCUGCAGUAUUAAUCCAUUACACCCUAACAUCAGUAUGCAUAUUCUCCAUACUAUUCUCUAUACAUUUCCAAAGAGGCUGACAAGGAGAAUUUGUGUAACAAUCAAGAGCUGCUUUAGUUGGUGAUCAUCUCUUCUAUUCUCAUGACUUUCAUCUUUGAUUCAGGGGUGAUAAAGUAAGGGAAAAUUAGAUGCUAGUAACUCUGAGAGGCUAAGGGUUAACCUUUUAAACCCCAAGAGUGACCAGCAUAUAAAUUUUUUUCAAGAUCAUGAGAAUAAAGGAAAUGAUGGCCAAACUAAGAAGAUUUGAUUGUUAAACAAAUUCUCCAUGUCUGUAUAAAAGGACAUGUAUAGUGAGGAGUAUGGAGAAUUUAGGGCUAAAAUGUGAAAUAUCCUUUGUUCUCAGUCCACACACGACUGUAACAAUGAAAUUAUCAGAUGGUAUUUUUACUAUCAUUAACAUUACUUUCAUUAUCACUAUUGUUAUGACUGUAAUUUAUUACUUCCACUGUUUGACCAACACAGGUGAUCAAUGAGUAAUUUCUUCUUAGGUUGGCAUUACAAGAACAAGUAUAAAGGGGACAAGAAUAAAGAGGAAAUAUUAGUUAACCCUUUAACUCCCAUGAGUGACCAAGACAGAAUUUCUCCUUACAAUAUCAAUACAAUAUCAACCAGAUAAGUGAUGAGAAUAAAGAAAAAUAUCAAUUUGGGGAUAAUUAGUUGAUCCAAUACUAAAUUCUCUGAACUAACAUUAUAAGAAUUGUAUGGUUGACAGUAAGGAGAAUAACAAAUUUGAUCUGGAAGUGAAAGGGUUAGGUCAGGGAUACAUCAAAUUCUUAGAACUAAAAUUGCAAAAUGGAGUAGCAGUAAGAAUAAUUUGAAGUGAGAACUUGGGUUUGAAAGGGUUGAGAAAAAAUAUUAGUCAUAUUAUUUCUUUAACUCCCAAGAUCUGUUUGUUAAUUCUCCCCUCUAGCUGCUACACAUUUCCUUGUAAAUAAGAUACGAGAAUUUGGUGUCAGAUCGAGGUAACAACUUCAACCUGAUAAGCAUGAAUAUUCUCAUGACACGUUUGCUGGAUAGUGUUUAGAUAUUAUAGGGAGAAGUUACUUGUUAAUCACUUCAGGGAGUUAAAGGGUUAAUGACAGAUUUUACAUUUAAUAUUGCUCACAAUGCAAUUGUUUUUCAGUAGAGGGGAUGUGUUUGGUGUGAUCACUAAGUUUACCAGCCUUAAAGGGUUUAUCAGGCACAUAAUUAUUUUAAAAAAUGUUAUAUUUAUUUAUACUUACACAAUUCUAGGGAUGCAAGUUUAGACACAGUACAGAUGUGGUAGGAUUUAGCUGGCCAGUUUCAUGUAACUUACUUUCAUGUAAAAUAAAAAAAAAUUGUAUUCCUUGC